AUGGACGGUUCUGCGCCGGUCGAGGAGCUCGGCUCCUUGUCCAACUUUGACGCCUCUCUCCAAGCGCAUGUCGUGGGCGCCGAUCCGGUCCUGAGCCUGCCCCUCCGCUUGUUCUCGUCGACGCUUGGACAGCUGCGCCGCCACUCGACGCUCUCCAACCUCUGCGACAACGUCGAAGGCUGGGGCCCCGUCUCGCAGCAGCGCGACCUCGACUUUACUCCCUGCUUCCAGGAAGCCGCCUUUUGGACCGCGCCAGUCUUCCUCCUCGCCGUGUUCGGCGGCAUCCAUCUGGCUAUCCUCUCCAAGCGCCAAGAUCGAUCCCUCACGCGCACCUCGCGCACCGUACUGCGCGCGAAACAUGUCGUCGUUGCUGCUCUCGCCGUCGCUGCCGCUUUCCAGGCCUCCAUCUCGUACGGCCUCUUUGCCAAACCAGGCGAGUCGAUCCUGUUCUGGUCCUCGAUCGCCGGCGUCGGCGGCUACCUUCUCGUCUUGCCGCUUCAGCACUUCAACCAUCUUCGCUCGCGUCGCAGCUCCGAUGUGCUCCUCUUCUUCUGGCUCGCCCAUUUCCUCGCCAGCAUCGUCAAGUUGCGCACCUCGAUCACACCGCCCUCGCUUCCGGUCAAGGAUCAGCUCGUCACCUUGGUGCCCUUCCUCGUUCGCUUUGUCCUCGGCAUCUUCGCCUUUGUGCUCGAGUGUCUCGGCGUCGAGCUGGGCUCCUUCGAUGAUGCCGACCACAAGCGCGCCUCGUCCGUCGCCGCUCGUACCAACGGCAACGGCUACCACGCCGUCCCUGCCGAGGCCAACGGCAGCGCGUUCAGCGUCUUCACCGACGACCACGAGGCCAACGCUCACAACAACGACCCAGUAGACUCUGGAAAAGAAUGCCCCGUCGUCACCGCCAACAUCUUCAGUCGCAUCACCUUCCACUGGAUGCAGCCGCUCAUGACGCUCGGCGCUAAAAAGUUUGUCACCGAAGACGACAUGUGGGCCUUGCCCGCCAAUGAGGACGCAGAGAACCUCGGCAGGCGCUUCGACCGCUUCUGGAAGCAGACCAAGAACAAGUCCACGGGCAAGCCCGCCUUCUGGACCACCCUCGCCUACUCGUACGGAGGUCCCUUCCUCUUUGCCGCCAUCCUCAAGAUGGCCCAGGACACGCUCGCGUUCGUGCAGCCCCAGAUCCUCCGCAAGCUGCUCCAGUUCGUCCAGAGCUACGAAAGCGAGGACCAGAACCAGUCCGCCAUGCAGGGCUACCUGCUCUCUGCCGCCCUCUUCUGCGUCGCCGUCACACAGACCUCCUUCCUGCACCAGUACUUCCAGCUUGUCUUUGUCACCGGCAUGCGCGUGCGUGCCGGUCUGGUCAGCGCCAUCUUCAAGAAGAGCCUGCGCCUCUCCAACGAGGACCGCGGCGGCAGGGCUACAGGCGACAUUGUCAACCUCAUGUCCGUCGAUGCCACGCGUCUCCAGGACCUCUGCACCUACGGCCACAUCGCCUGGAGCGCCCUCUUCCAGAUGACUCUCGCCUUUGUCUCGCUGUACAACCUGCUCGGCUGGCCCUCGUUUGUCGGAGUCGCCAUCAUGGUGGUCAGCGUGCCGCUCAACACGGCGCUCGCCCGCUACCUGCGUCGUCUCAGCGAAAAGCAGAUGAAGGUCAAGGACAAGCGCACGCGCCUCAUGAACGAGAUCCUCACCAACAUCAAGUCGAUCAAGCUCUUCGCCUGGGAGGAGGCAUUCACCCGCAAGCUCUUCAAGGUGCGCAACGAUGAGGAACUCAAGCUCCUCCGCACCGUCGGCGUCGUCUCGGCCUUCUUCAACUUCUUCUGGACCGCCAUCCCCUUCUUCGUCUCGCUCGGCACCUUUGUCACCUACGCCUACACCAACCCCGAGCCGCUCACCGCCGACGUCAUUUUCCCCGCCCUCGCCCUCUACCAGCUGCUUUCGUUCCCCAUCGCCAUGUUCGCCGGCAUCAUCUCCGCGCUCCUCCAGGCGCAGGUCUCGGCACAGCGUCUCUCUGACUUCUUCGAUGCGGGCGAGCUCGACCCGCAGGCUCGCAAGGUCAUCCUGCCUGGCCAGCGCGAGCCCAUCAAUCCGGAUGCCCCCUCGCGUCCCGGCGAUGUUCUCGAAGCGCUCAACGACACCGAUGCGCGCGAGCCGCAGCAGGGCGACGAGAUUGUCACCAUCCGCGACGGCGAGUUCAAGUGGUCUCGAUCCCAGCCGGUCCCGACGCUCCAGGACAUCAACCUCACCGUCAAGAAGGGCGAGCUGCUCGCCGUGCUCGGCAAGGUCGGCGACGGCAAGAGUUCGCUGCUCUCGGCGAUCCUGGGUGAGAUGGUGCGCACCGAUGGCGAGACCGUCAUCAAGGGACGCACGGCCUACUUCACCCAGGGUGGCUGGUGCAUGGGUGCUACGGUGCGCGACAACAUCCUUUUUGGCCUCAAGUACGAGCCCGAGUUCUACCAGCGCGUCGUCGACGCCUGUGCCCUGACGCCCGACCUCAACAUCCUGCCCGAAGGCGACCGUACCGAGGUCGGUGAGCGCGGUGUCAGCCUGUCUGGUGGCCAGCGAGCGCGUAUUGCGCUGGCGCGCGCUUGCUAUGCCCGAGCCGACAUCUACCUGCUCGACGACCCGCUGGCUGCGGUCGACGCUCACGUUGGCGCGCACAUCUUCAAGCAUGUCAUUGGUCCCGAGGGCCUGCUUCGCAGCAAGGCCCGUAUCCUCACGCUCAACUCGGUGGCCUGCCUUCCCGACUGCGACCAGAUCGUUUCGGUGCGACGCGGUAUCAUCCUGGACGAGCGUGGAACAUACGACCAGGUCAUGGCCAAGAAGGGCGACUUGUACAACCUCAUCACCGGACUGGGCAAGCAGAGCGCACGCGAGCAGGCGGCGGAGGACGGUGAAGGCGACGUGUCCGCCAAGGAGCUCGAGGUGAUCGACAUGGACAAGGAGCUCGACUCGCACGGACAGGGAGGCGACGAGGAUCUCAAGGGCUCCAAGCUGCAUCGCCGCAUCAGCUCGGCCUCCAUGGUGCGUCCCAAGACGCUGUCCAAGAGGCAGAUCAAGCAGGACACCAUCCGCCAGCUCAAGGAGAGCUCGGCACCCAAGGAAAAGUCGGAGCAGGGCAGCGUCAAGCCCGAGGUGUACCGCCAGUACAUCAAGAGCUGCAGCGUGCUCGGCGUCGUGCUCUACAUUCUCGCCCAGGUGCUCUCGCAGGUCAUGACCGUCUCGCGCGAUGUCGUGCUCAAGCAGUGGGGCGCCGCGAACUCGGAGAACGGCGGCGACCCGUCGACCACGCGCUUCUACCUCAUCCUCUACGGUAUCGUCGGCAUCCUCGCCUCGAUCUGCAUCUGCAUCGCGCCGUUCAUCCUGUGGACGUGGCUCGUGAUCUCGAGUGCGCGCAAGUUCCACGACAACAUGUUUGACGCGGUGCUGCGCAGCCCGCUGCAGUGGUUUGAGACCACGCCGACCGGUCGUCUGCUCAACCUGUUUUCGCGCGACGUCAACGUGAUCGACGAGGUGCUGCCACGAGUCAUCCACGGCCUCAUCCGAACCAUGGUCGUGGUGCUGGGUGUGCUGUGUGUGGUGGCCUACUCGGUGCCGCCGUUCCUGAUCGCCAUCGUCCCGCUCGCGUUUGCUUAUCGCGCGGUGCUUCGCUACUACCUCGCCACGAGCCGCGAGCUCAAGCGACUCGACUCGGUGAGCAAGACGCCCAUCUUUACGUGGUUCCAAGAGUCGCUCGGUGGUCUCAGCUCGAUCCGUGCGUUUGGACAGGAGUCGCGCUUCAUCGCCACGUCCGAGGCGCGUGUGGACCGCAACCAGCAGUGCUACUUCCCCGCGGUCUCGUGCAACCGCUGGCUAGCGGUACGCAUCGAACUGAUGGGCUCGGUGAUCAUCUUUGUCGCCUCGACGCUCGCCGUCUUCAUCCGCACGAGGAACGGCAAGAUGGACGCGGGCCUGCUCGGACUGAUGAUGUCGCAGGCGCUGAGCACGACGCAGACGCUCAACUGGGUGGUGCGAUCGGCGUCCGAGGUGGAGCAGAACAUCGUGAGCGUCGAGCGCGUCAUGUCGUACACGGACCUGGUGUCCGAGGCGCCGUACGAGGUGCCUGACCAGACGCCGCCGGAAGAUUGGCCGAGCAAGGGCGAGGUGAGCAUGCAGUCGUACUCGACGCGCUACCGCCGCGAACUCGGGCUGGUGCUCAAGAAGCUCAACCUGGACAUCCAGGCGGGCGAGCGCAUCGGAGUGGUGGGCCGAACGGGUGCGGGCAAGUCGAGUCUGACGCUGGCGCUCUUCCGCAUCAUCGAGGCGGCCGAGGGCAAGAUUGUGAUCGACGGCAUCGACGUGUCCAAGAUCGGACUCAAGGACCUGCGUUCGGCGAUCGCCAUCAUCCCGCAAGACCCGCAGCUGUGGGAGGGAACGCUGCGCGAGAAUCUCGACCCAACCGGACGCUCGGACGAUGCGGCGCUGUGGAAGGCGCUCGAGCAGGCACGCAUGAAGGAGCACGUGCAGAGCCUCGAGGGUGGCCUCGACGCACAGCUCACCGAGGGCGGCACCAACUUUUCGGCGGGCCAGCGCCAGCUGAUCUGCAUCGCGCGUGCGUUCCUGCGCAACGCCAAGAUCCUGGUGCUCGACGAGGCGACGAGCGCCAUCGACCUCGAGACGGAUGCGCAGGUGCAGGCGAUCGUGCGCUCCGAGUUCACGGGCACCACCAUCACGGUGGCGCAUCGUCUCAACACGGUCAUCGACUCGACGCGCGUGCUCGUGCUCAAGGACGGCACCAUCGCCGAAUUCGACUCGCCCGACAACCUGCUCGCCAACAAGCAGAGCAUCUUCUUCUCCAUGGCGCUCGAGGCGGGACUCGCCAAGCUGGACUCCUAG